AUGUUGGCUCCUAUUUCGAAUCUUAACAAUUGGCUAAUCCGAGUCUCAAAGGCUGCUCGCCGCGGAUUUAAAUUCGGUUGGAUCCACGCUAUUGCGCGUGAGCAAGCUCCAGUCAACCUAUACGACUUGGUCAACCAGCGGCGACGAUGGUAUAGCGGGAUAAUGUCUAUACAGAACUGGGGAGUGAGGUUGAUGCUCACAAGUUCAAUGCUAGGAUCUUUGGCUUCUGCCAGUCUGUCAUUUUGGACAUCUGCUGAUGGGCCGGGUACCAAAUAG